AUGCCCGUCGUCAGCGCCCUCGACCUCUACCAAGGCAGCAUCCGCAUCCUCCACUUCCCCAACGACACCGCCCUGACGUCUAUCAAGAAUACUAAUCAGAAGCAUAGUCAUAAGAAAUGGGAGCUUUCGUCGCUACCGGAUUGGGUGCGGCCCAGGCUGGAUCCUCGGCAGCCGUGGGCGGUGAUCUCCGAUCAUCACGCGAUGCCGCUGCAGCUUCUGCAUUGCUGCUUCGAUCCCCACGUGAGCAGCUGGCAGCGGGCAGCCAUCGCCACGUUCUCAAUGUUCCCGCCACGGCGCCUACGGCACUUGCAAAGGUACUGCCGCCACCUCUCCAGUGGCCUCCGUGGAUGGGGGAUUCGCCUCGCAGAGGAGCCUCUGCGAACACGGCAGAUAUCGGUGCUGCCGGUGCCCGAAAAGAUCGUGUCGCGGUCGAAACCACAAUCAUUAUUACCACUCCCUUUUUCACUUCCACAGCAGCAGGCGCUUCUUCAAUCAUGCGGCGGGAUCGCGUCGUCGGUCGCCUCUUUUCCAACAACGGUCGUCAUUCUUGGUGUCGCGGGGUCGCGUUGCAGCUCGGAGGAAACGGAUCGGAUCGCGCUAACGGCGCGGCGCAUGGCGACGUACUUCAACGCGGAGAACAACGUUGCCUGCGUGGAAUCCGAAGAGGCGGCUGUGUGCUUCGUCAUCGAGCGGCUUCUCGAGCCCACAGCGGUGAUGGAAGGGGAAGGGGAAGAAAAGGUCCCCUCCGCGAUGCGGCUACGCGAUAUUAACACAGCGGUGAUUUUAAUCACGAUGGAGCCCGACUCGCGGGCGACGCGGUGGGUGAUCGCAGAGUGCCUAAGUCGCGGCAUUUUACCUGUUUGCAUAUUGCCGGCGACCACGGCCGCGCGGGCGUCGAUUUUAUGUGGAAACAUUCGGCGACAGCUGUUUAAUAAGUUCGAGCGCGACCCCUUACGCGGCGUGGAUCUCGCGAAGGAGGUUCCAGUAAUUGCCGGGCUACGAAUGCUUUUUGUCGGCGUCGACGCCUGCCAUACGAACGCGAUAAGCACCGGCGCCGUUGUCGGUAUCCUGUACACAAAAAACGGGAAUCACCUCAUCUCGCGGUUUUGGCGCCAGGAAUCGCGCGGGCGCGAGGUCGCGCAGCUCAGUAAGCAGCUUCAAAAAGUUCUCGACGAAGCCGACGCGCUCUCCGGCGGGAUCGAUCAGCUCGUCAUCUUUCAAGACGGCAACGUUUUCAGCGAGCUCUGUCAAAUCAAAGAGCUGAUCGCCGCCUGCAUGCCAAGCUGUGGGCUCACCUUUAUGUGCUUACACAAGCGAAGCAAUAUUCGCUUCGUGUACGAACGCUCCGCCGCCUCGUCGGAUGGGAAGGAAAAAAAGGGCUCAUUGACGAAGGAUCUCACCGCUUCCCCGAGCGGGCCGCCGAUGGGGAGCUUCAGCAACCUUGUCAAAGGGGUUUUGAUCCCCGCCCUCGCCCCUGUUUCGCUCGACUACGAGGUGGUCGCCCCCACCUUCUACCUCCAGACGCACGACUGCGAGAUGUCGACGGCGCGUAUUGUGAAGUACACCGUGCAUCAUCAGAGCCCCACGCUGGAGAUCAGCGACGUGCAGCAGCUCGCGAACGUCAUGGCGAAUAUCAUGUCGCCGCAAGCGACGAAGCUGCCGAUGUCGACGCGUUGCGCGCACCGUCUCGCCGAUCAGGCGGAGCGGCUGCUCGACGCCGUUCCGCAGCUCCGAUGCGAGAUGAUUCCGGAGCCCGUGAGAAGGCGGCUGUGGUUUAUGUAG